AUGUCAUGCCGAAAUUUCCAGUUGAGCUCCAGAUGUAGCAACCGGAGUUUCAGCUCAUGCUCGGCCAUCACGCCCCGGAUGGUCACCCACUAUGAAGUAAGCAAGGGGUCUUGUCGACCCGGGGUUGGCGGGGGCCUCCGAGCCCUGGGGUGUCUUGGCUCUCGGAGCCUAUGCAAUGUGGGCCUCGGGAGACCCCGUGUGGCCUCCAGAUGCAGCAUGCCGGGCUUCGGGUACCGAGCCGGAGCCACCUGCGGCGGCUCUCCCGCCUGCAUCACUCCUGUCACCAUCAAUGAGAGUCUGCUGGUCCCCCUGGAGCUGGAGAUUGACCCAACGGUGCAAAGGGUGAAGAGAGACGAGAAGGAACAGAUCAAGUGCCUGAAUAACCGAUUCGCAUCCUUCAUCAACAAGGUACGCUUCCUGGAACAGAAAAACAAGCUUCUGGAGACCAAGUGGAACUUUAUGCAGCAGCAAAGAAGCUGCCAGAGCAACAUGGAGCCACUCUUCGAGGGCUACAUCUGCGCCCUGCGACGACAGCUGGACUGUGUGUCCGGGGACCACGGCAGACUGGAGACUGAGCUCUGCAGCCUCCAGGAUGCACUGGAGGGUUAUAAGAAAAAGUAUGAAGAGGAACUGUCCCUGCGUCCCUGUGCUGAGAAUGAGUUUGUCACCCUGAAGAAGGACGUGGACACUGCCUUCUUGGUGAAGGCUGACCUGGAAACCAACUUGGAGGCUCUAGAACACGAGAUUGAGUUCCUGAAAGCCCUGUUUGAGGAGGAGAUCAGCCUGCUGCAAUCUCAGAUCUCAGAGACUUCAGUCAUUGUGAAGAUGGACAACAGCCGGGAACUGGAUGUGGACGGCAUCAUAGCCGAGAUCAAGGCCCAGUAUGACGACAUCGCCAGCCGCAGCAAAGCAGAAGCAGAGGCCUGGUACCAGUGCCGGUAUGAGGAGCUGAGGUUGACAGCUGGGAACCACUGUGACAACCUACGCAACCGCAAGAAUGAGAUCCUGGAGAUGAACAAGCUAAUCCAGCGGCUGCAGCAGGACAUUGAGACAGUCAAAGGCCAGCGAUGCAAACUCGAGGGAGCCAUUGCCCAGGCAGAGCAGCAGGGGGAGGCCGCCCUCACUGAUGCCAAGUGCAAGCUGGCAGGGCUGGAGGAGGCCUUGCAGAAGGCCAAGCAGGAUAUGGCCUGCCUGCUCAAGGAGUACCAGGAGGUGAUGAACUCCAAGCUGGGGCUAGACAUCGAGAUCGCCACCUACAGGCGCCUGUUGGAGGGCGAGGAGCACAGGUUGUGUGAAGGCAUCGGGCCUGUGAAUAUCUCUGUCAGCAGUUCCAAAGGUGCCGUUCUCUAUGAGCCCUGUGUGGUGGGCACGCCCAUGCUGAGGUCCGAAUACUGCACCGGGACCACAGGUGUCCUCAGAAACAGUGGGGGCUGCAGCGUGGUGGGCACCGGUGAACUCUACAUCCCCUGUGAGCCCCAAGGGCUCCUGAGCUGCGGAAGUGGGCGGAGCUCCAGCAUGAAGAUGGGGGUGGGUAGCAAUUCAUGCAGCCGCUAG